AUGGCUUCCGUCAGCAACAAGAUCUUCCGCACGGCCAACGCGCCUUCUGUCCCCCCUACCGAGACCGAGACUGUCGUCGCGCAGGCGCUUCUGGACCUCGAGUCGAAUGUUCCAGAGCUCAAGGCUGAGCUGCGUUCGCUGCAGUUCUCGGCCGCCAAGGAGAUUGAGGUCAAGGGCGGCAAGAAGGCCAUCGUCAUCUUUGUCCCCGUUCCUCAGCUCAAGGCAUUCCACAAGAUUCAACAGAGGCUUACGCGAGAGCUCGAGAAGAAAUUCUCGGACCGUCAUGUCCUCUUCGUCGGUCAACGUCGCAUCCUUGGCAAGCCUGGCCACCGGAGCCGCUCCAAGCAGCCCCGGCCCCGAUCGCGCACCCUGACCUCGGUUCACUCUGCCAUCCUCGAGGACCUCGUCUUCCCCACCGAGAUCACGGGCAAGCGCACUCGCGUCAACACCGAUGGUCACAAGCUCAUCAAGUGCUUCCUUGACUCAAAAGACGCCACCUCGCUCGAAUACAAGCUCGACAGCUUCUCGUCGGUUUACAGGAAGCUGACUGGCAAGGACGUCACCUUUAUGUUCAGGGACGCCGACGGCGUGUAA